UCAGUCUAUGAUGUCAAAUUGAAUGCAUCCUGCUGACGAUCCGUUGGAAUCGUGACGAUCCGGGUAGAAGUCCGACAUGCAGUGGAGUGUCGUCGUUCUUGCGGUUGGUAUCUGUUGUUGCACAGUGUCGGGCGACGAGCACGAGCAUCAUUACAAGGACAACGAGGAGGUUGUAUUAUGGAUGAACACUGUCGGUCCGUAUCACAACCGGCAAGAGACCUACACCUACUACUCUCUCCCCUUUUGCAAGGGUCCCAAGCAGACUAUCAGUCAUUAUCACGAAACGCUGGGUGAGGCCCUUCAAGGGGUCGAACUCGAGUUCAGCGGCCUCGAAAUUGAAUACAAAAAAGACGUGCCGCAGAAGCAGUAUUGUGAAGUGGAAUUGACGGAGAAGGUCUAUAAUGCUUUCGUGUACGCCGUGCGUAACCACUAUUGGUAUCAGAUGUACAUCGACGAUCUCCCCGUGUGGGGUAUAGUGGGGGAGGUAGAUGCCGGUGGCGGCAAACAGGUUGACUACUAUAUAUGGACAUUGAAGAAACUUGAUAUCGGAUACAAUGAAAAUCAGAUUGUCGACGUGAAUUUGACGAGCGAUGCCAAGGUAAAGCUGGUUCAAGGAGAGAAACUCUCCUUAACAUAUCAAGUGCACUGGAAGCCGUCGAAGGUGUCGUUCAGUCGCCGAUACGAGAAGUAUCUUGACCCGAGUUUUUUCCAGCAUCGAAUACAUUGGUUUUCGAUCUUCAACUCGUUUAUGAUGGUCAUCUUUCUCGUCGGCCUCGUCACCAUGAUCCUGAUGCGAACGCUAAGGAAGGACUACGCGAGAUACAACCGAGACGACGAUCUGGACGACAUGGAACGCGACUUGGGCGACGAGUACGGCUGGAAACAAGUACACGGCGACGUCUUCCGACCCGUCAACAGCACGAUCCUCUUAUCGUCGCUCAUCGGAUCCGGUCACCAUUGUCUCGUUGUCACGUUCUUUGUCAUUUUAUUUGUCAUAUUCGGGCAUCUCUACACGGAGCGAGGCUCGAUUCUUAGCACUGUGAUAUUUGUGUACGCGGCAACGUCGCCCGUCAAUGGCUACUUUGGUGGCUCUUUGUAUGCACGACAAGGAGGCAAGCAAUGGAUCAAGCAGACGUUAUGCGGCGCGCUCCUGUUACCGUCGGUCGUGAGCGGACUGGCUUUCACGAUCAACUUCAUCGCGAUUUACUAUCACGCGUCACGUGCCAUCCCGUUCACUAGCGUUCUCUCUAUUCUUGCCAUCUGUAUGUUCAUCAUCCUUCCGAUGUCGCUGAUCGGGGCGAUUGUUGGUCGUAACGUUGCCGGACAACCAGACAACCCGUGCCGAGUGAACACGGUCCCUCGUCCAAUACCCGAAAAGAAAUGGUUUAUGGAGCCGCCGAUUAUUGUUCUUCUCGGCGGGAUCCUUCCUUUCGGCUCGAUAUUCAUUGAAAUGUAUUUCAUCUUUACGUCGUUUUGGGCGUACAAAAUUUAUUACGUCUACGGAUUCAUGUUACUCGUCUUUGUGAUUCUCAUCAUCGUCACGGUGUGCGUCACCAUCGUUUGUACAUACUUCUUACUCAACUCGGAAGAUUACAGAUGGCAGUGGACGAGUUUUCUCUCUGCCGGCUCUGCGGCCUUCUACGUCUAUCUCUAUUCGUUCUACUACUAUUUCUUCAAGACUAAGAUGUAUGGUCUCUUCCAGACUGCAUUCUAUUUUGGCUACAUGGGCUUGUUUAGUUUGGCGUUAGGUGUCAUGUGCGGAACGGUCGGCUACGUUGGCACGAGCCUUUUUGUUAGGAAGAUAUAUUCGACUGUCAAAAUCGACUGAUGAUUAUGUGGGUUCAGGUUUAGUGUCGGAUUGCAUGCUAGCGAAUAUGUAUCGGUCAACUCUACACUAAAUUACAGUCUGAUGUGUGUCGUCUUA